AUGAGGGCUUUCAUUUUCUUUCUCUUCAGGCUCCUGGCCAUGUUCUCAGCAUCUUCAACCCAGAUUUCAAAUACCAGUGUUUUCAAACUAGAAGAGAAUCCAAAACCUGCACUUAUUCUGGAGGAAAAAAAUGAAGCUAACCAUCUAGGAGGACAAAGAGAUUCUAAUAAGCAAGGAGGUAGUUAUACACAAGAAAAUCCAGGAACAUUUAGGCUUCAAGGACAGCCAGGCUAUUUUAACAAGCUAGAGAAACCAAGACAUUUUAAGCAAGGGAGAGCAGGAGUUUUAAACAAGCCUGGGAUUUUAAAGAAUUCAGGAAAAUCUAACCAAAAAGGGAAUCCAGAAUGUUCUAAUAAGCAGGAAAACUCAGGAUCUUCUAGCCAACUAGGGAGACCAGGGAUUUCUACCCAACAGGGAAAUCCAGGGUCAUCUGGCCAACAAGAGAAACCAGGGUCAUUUAGCCAGAAAGUGAUGGUGGGGUCAUCUAGCCAACAGGGGAAGCCAGGAUCAUCUAGCCAACACGGGAAUCUAGGGUCAUCAACCCAGAAAGGGAAUUUAGGAUCUUCUAGCCUACAAGGGCAUCUGGGUUUAUCUAGCCAUCAAGGGAAGCCAGAGUCAUCUGGCCAACAGGGGAAGCCAGGGUCAUCUAGCCAACAAGGAAAUCUAGGAUCUUCUGGCCAACAGGAGAAGCCAGGAUCUUCUAGCCAACAGGGGAAGCCAGGGUUGUCUAGCCAUCAAGGGAAGCCAGGGUCAUCUAGCCAACAAGGAAAUCUACAUUUAUCUAGCCAGAAAGGGAAUCAAGGACCUUCUAGCAAACAGAGGAAGCCAGGUUCAUCCAGCCAUCAAGGAAAUCUACGAUUAUCUAGCCAGCAAGGGAAUAUAGGAUCUCCUAGCCAACAGGAGAAGCCAGAGUCUUCUAGCCAACAAGGGAAUCUAGGGUCAUCUAGCUAUCAAGGGAAGCCAGUGUCAUCUAGCCAACAAGGGAAGCCAGUGUCAUCUAGCUAUCAAGGGAAGCCAGUGUCAUCUAGCCAACAAGGGAAGCCAGUGUCAUCUAGCCAACAAGGGAAGCCAGGGGCAUCUAGCCAGCAAGGAGAUCUAGGAUCUUCUAAGCAGCAGGGGAGGCCAGGAUCAUCUAGCCAGCAAGGAAAUAUAGGGUCAUCUGGCCAGGAAUGGAAGCCAGAGUCAUCUAGCCAUCAGAGAAAAUUAAGGUCAUUUUACAACCAACGACAAAGAAAAAAAUAUCGACAGCACUUUUGA